ACCCAACCCGACGCGUUUAUUUCGGGCCCGGUGUUCCCCGAGCGUGAGAGGGCGUUUUACGGCGAGAAGCGACGAGAUUGGCGAUGGAGCUCUUCAAGCUCCUUCUCCUAGUGAUCUCUGUCGUCGCUUUCUUAUCCGCUCCAAUAGCCGCGCUCGAAAGAGGCGGAAAACUGGGAUCCAAGUCUUCAGGCCUCUUGGAAAUUGAUAGUACCAUAUUCAGCCGGCAUUUACUCAACGACUCCCAACCCCAAAUAGUGGAAUCUCUUUCUGAUGGAUACAUGAGUAAUGCUGCACUUGAAGAGGCUAUCUCAGAAAUUGGUCAAAGAUGCGGUCAUAUCUGCAAUAUUUAUAGCAUCGGGAAGAGUGUGAAGGGAUUUCCUCUGUUGGUAAUAGAAAUAUCUGACAAGCCUGGCCAGGAAGAAGCUGAGCCUGCAUUCAAAUUUAUUGGAAAUGUUCAUGGAGAUGAACCCGUUGGACGAGAAGUACUUGUACGCCUUGCAAAUUGGCUUUGUAAUAAUUAUAUGAAGGAUCCUCUGGCAACAUUGAUUGUAAACAAUGUCCAUCUUCACAUUCUCCCAUCCAUGAAUCCUGAUGGGUUUGAUAUGAGGAGACGUGGCAAUGCAAAUAAUGUGGAUUUGAAUAGAGAUUUUCCUGAUCAAUUUUACCCUUUGAUUGAUGGGCUGACCCAGCGGCAACCUGAAACAAAAGCAAUUAUAAAAUGGGUGGAAGGACGGCAAUUUACAGCCUCUGCAAGUUUACAUGGGGGUGCACUCGUUGCAAAUUAUCCUUGGGAUGGUGCUCAAGACGGAAGUUCCAGGAAGGAAUAUUUUGCUUGUCCCGAUGACAAGACAUUCCGCUACAUGGCAAGUGUGUAUAGUCGCUCCCAUUAUAACAUGUCCUUAAGCAAAGAGUUUGAAGGAGGAAUUGUAAAUGGGGCACUUUGGUAUCCUAUUUAUGGUGGCAUGCAAGAUUGGAACUACAUAAAUGGUGGCUGUUUUGAGUUGACAUUAGAGAUAAGUGAUGAAAAAUGGCCUAAAGCUGACGAGCUGGCAACUUUAUUUGAGUACAACAGAAUUAGUAUGCUAAAUCUUGUUGCUAGUCUUGUAAAGGCCGGAAUUCAUGGAAGGAUAUUUGCAUCAAACAAUGGUGGCCCUUUACCAGCGUCUGUGAUGAUCAAGGGGAGUGAUUAUGGAGUGAAUGCCAGCAGGAUAUUUGGUGAUUUUCAUCGCAUGUUAGCUCCUCAUGAAAGCUAUGAAGUCACUGCUUCAAUGCCUGGAUUCAAAUCAAAAACUACUAAGAUUUUUCUGGAGGAUAAAGCUGUGAACCUAGAUUUCGUAUUGGAUCCAGAAGAAAAUCAAGCACAGUUCAACAGAUUUGAUCUCAAUAAGUCGGGCUUUCUAAGUAUGUAUUUAGAUUAUUUUCCCAUCAUUUUCCUUAUAUCCCUAUCAUUCCUGUGCUUUCUUCUAAAGAGGAAAGCAAUUUUCAAGUUCCUGAAACAAAGCCAAUCGCAAGCACAAAAGAGCCCCACUUCAGCGGUAUGAUUUUCAGUAUCGAACUCCAGGCCACCAAUGUUGUACAAAUUAAGACUUUGUUUGGCAGAGCUUUUUUAUUGCUUUUUAAAACAGUUUUUUAGUAAAAAAAUUUCAGUUCAAGAGAUUUUUGUAGUACAAAUUUGGGUUAAAUAGUAGUAAGAAAGUUGUAGCAAAUGGUACUUUAAUUAGUGAUUAAAAUUCAAAAACCUUGAAAGCGA